AAUCUUACUAUUCAAAGAAAAGAAAUUUAAAGAUUUGUUGACGAAAGCAGUGACAUUCGUGCGUGGAAGAAUCUGAAAUCCCAAACCGAUAAUUCUCGAGAUACCAAAGCCAAGCCAGUCGAUCACUUCUUCUUCCUUACUUUGAACUUGUUGACCAUACUAGAUUCUCGCACUUACUAGUUAAAAUUUGGAACUGCGUCGAUCAAUCUUCAAGUUAAUGGCGGAUGAGGUGGUGUUGUUGGGAUUCUUGCCGAGCCCAUUUGCGGCGAGGUUGAAGAUUGCACUGGCUGAGAAGGGGGUCGAGUAUGAGUACAAGGAGGAGGACUUGAGGAGCAAGAGUCCACUACUUGUGCAGAUGAACCCGGUUCACAAGAAAGUUCCGGUUCUCAUUCACAAUGGCAAACCGAUUUGUGAGUCCCUCAUUGCGCUUCAGUACAUCGAUGAGGUUUGGAACGAUAAGGCUCCACUGUUGCCCUCCGAUCCUGGCCUUCGGGCCCAAGCCAGGUUCUGGGCAGACUUUAUUGACAAGAAGGAGAUGAUAUGGGCAGCCAAAGAAGAAGAACAUGAGGUAGCGAAGGAAUUUUUUGAUUGCAUUGGGGUGUUAGAAGGACAGCUUGGAGACAAAGCUUUCUUUGGGGGUGAGACUCUUGGGUUUGUGGAUGUGGCAGUUAUUCCAUUCUAUAGCUGGCUUUCUGUGUUUGAAAAAUAUGGAAAUUGCAGUGUAGAAGCCAAGCAUCCAAAGUUCACUGCAUGGACUAAGAGGUGCAUGGAGAAGGAGAGUGUGUCAAAGUCUCUUCCUGAUCAGCGAAGGGUCUAUGACUUUAAGGUUGGGGGCAUAUUAACCAAGUUACCAAUCGAUCAAGACCUGUAAUCAAUUCUAUCGAUUAUGAGCCUUUUGUGGUAAGUUAUCUCAUCUACGAUCAAAGCACACUUGACCAGACCCCUGUAGAAAAGUCAUGUAAUUUUCUUUGUGGUUUGGUUCCUUAUACAAAUUUGGACCUACAAAUUUAUAUUGCCAUCUUACGUAUUUUCUUUAUGAUAGAAUAGAUUCAUGCUUAGGAAAGCGAAAACCAAUAUCUCAGAUCAUUAUCCUGAAUUUUUAAGAUUGAUAGAUAUGUUGUCGGAGUAAAGUUUGGGACAAAUCCAGAUAAGCUAGAUGAACUAUAACAAGCUUUUAUGGCCAGCUUUUUAGAAAUGUUCUUAGGACAAAAAAGAUAGAGAUGGACAGAAAUUAGUAGAAGUUUAUUAGAUAAAGUGAUUAGUUAACUAUAAAGAACAUGACUAUGAAUCAAGUAAUUAAUAAUUUAGGCCAUGAUGAUGACCAUUUGGGUUUAUGUGAGCCCCGUGAGGAGUUGGGAUGAAAUUGUUCGAGAUUAAUUUAGCGAUCUUGAUAAGUAUUAACAAUACUCGGGGGUAUAUUUCUGAAUUUCCCUUGAAGAGAAGUCUUUAAUUUGAGAAGUCUAUAGUAAAAUAUGUAUCAGGACAAGUUCAUGAAAU